AUGGAUCGAAAAUGGAUGUUUGCGAACUGUUUGUCGAAUGAGUACGAGGGUGGAGUCAACAAGUUUGUCAGUUUUGCGGUUCAACAUGCCGAGGCCAUUGAUAAUAUCAUAUGCCCUUGCUUACGUUGUUACCAUAUAAGACGAGUCAAUCAAUCUGAGCUGAAAGAUCAUCUAAUAAUUAAUGGAAUUGAUCCAAGGUACACAUGUUGGACAAAUCAUGGUGAGACAAGUUCUGAGUCUAAUGUGAGAUAUGAUUCACGUGAUGAUGACAUGGAGACUGACGCAGAUGAAUGUGAUCGUGUUGAAGAGCUUGCAAAUAUGUUUGAGGAUGAUUUUCGAGAUUGCCCUAAAAUGUUUGAAACAUUGAAAAGUGAUGCGGAGAAACCAUUGUAUAAUGGAUGUUCUAAAUUCACAAGAUUGUCAGCUGUCUUGAAGUUCUUUAACUUGAAAGCGAGCAAUGGAUGGACAGAUAAGAGUUUCACUGAAUUACUUAUUCUUUUGAAAGACAUGCUUCCAGAGGACAAUGUGCUUCCAAGUAAAACAUAUGAGGCUAAACAAAUGAUAUCUUCUAUUGGCAUGGGCUACGAGAGGAUACACGCGUGUCCGCGUGAUUGUAUUUUAUUUCGAAAUGAAUAUGCAUCACUGAGGGCAUGUCCUAAAUGUCACUCCUUGCGAUACAAGAAAGAAGGGUCAACUCCGGCAAAGGUGUUGUGGUAUUUUCCCAUAAUCCCGAGGUUUAGGCGCAUGUUCUGGAGCGCAGAUGCAAAACACUUUACAUGGCAUGCUACAAGGGAACAAGAUGGCUUGCUCAGACAUCCAGCAGAUUCUCCUCAGUGGAAAAAUUUUGAUUAUAAAAAUGGGGAGUUUUCCCGAGAGACAAGGAACCUACGACUUGCAUUGUGUACCAAUGGGUUUAAUCCGCAUAGCCUUCAAAGUAACAGUCACAGUACAUGGCCGGUGAUUUUAGCUAUCUACAACCUACCUCCAUGGUUAUGCAUGAAGCGCAAAUAUAUGAUGUUGUCGAUGCUAAUUUCAGGGCCCAAACAACCAGGAAAUGACAUAGACAUUUACUUGGCUCCUCUGAUUGAAGAUUUAAAGCAUUUGUGGGACAUAGGUGUGGAGGUGUAUGAUGGGUAUAGGGAAGAAAACUUCACAUUGAGAGCUAUGUUGUUUGGUACGAUUAAUGAUUUUCCGGCAUACAGUAAUCUAUCAGGAUAUAGCGUUAAAGGACAGUGUGCUUGCCCUAUAUGUGAGGAUGAUACAACUACCAUGCGAUUGGAACAUGGUCAGAAAAAUGUUUUCCUUGGGCAUCGUAGAUUUUUGCCUGUAGGACAUCGUUAUAGGACGUGA